GCCCCGAGGCCGGGGCCAGCCGGCCUCACAGAGGGGCCGCGGCGUUCGGGCCGGCGGCUGCAGCCCCCAGCGGCCGCGGGGGACGGAAGAGGAAGUGGAGCCGCUCCGGGAGCCGGCGGCGCUGCGAGGCCCCGGCAGCGGCCGAGGAAGAUGAGGGCUGCCGGGCUGCUGUGCGCCGCGCUGUGGGGCCUGCUGCUGCCGCCGAUAAAUGCAGAUGAGGGAAUCCUGCAUGCUUCUGGAAAUGGUGUACCUCCAGUAACAAAGGAUUACUGCAUAGUUUACAAUUCUAAUUGGAUCUCUCUUCCAAACAGCCUGAACAAUGCUACUUUCAGGACUCUGGAAAACCUGACUUCUACAGUACUCUGCAAUUCUUCUGAAGUUCCUUCUGGCUUAAUGAAGGACAAAGCAGUUGUAGUGAUGAGAGGAAACUGCACUUUUCUGGAGAAAGCAAGAAUUGCUCAAAGAUCAGGUGCUAAAAUGCUGUUGAUUGCCAGUAAAGCUAGGCUGGCUCCUCCUUCGGAUAACAAGACUGAUUUUGAAAAUGUGACUCUACCAGUUGCUCUUAUAAGAUACAAUGACAUUGUGGAUAUGCAGCUGACUCUUGGAAAUGACAUUAAUGUGACUCUAUAUUCACCGCCUUUGCCAGAGUUUGAUUGCAGUAUGGUUGUCAUCUUCCUAAUUGCUGUGUUCACUGUGGCACUAGGAGGCUACUGGAGUGGAGUAGCAGAACUUGAGAAUUUGAAAGCAACAGCAAGUCCUGGGGAGAGAGAAACAAGACGGAAAAAGGAAGAAAAUGUUACUUUCACUCCUCUAACUGUUAUCUUGUUCGUCGUCAUCUGUUGUGUAAUGCUGGUCUUACUUUAUUUCUUCUACAAGUGGCUAGUGUAUGUUAUAAUAUCAGUCUUUUGUUUGGCAUCUGCAACGAGCCUGUACAACUGUCUUGCUGCACUAAUCGGAGAAAUACCGUUUGGGCAGUGCAGGAUUACAUGUUGCAACAAAAAUAUUGAAGUGAGGCUUAUCUUUCUGGCUGCAUUCUGCAUAGCAGCAGCUGUUGUUUGGGCAGUAUUUCGAAACGAAGAUAGGUGGGCUUGGAUUUUGCAAGAUAUUUUGGGAGUUGCUUUCUGCCUAAACUUCAUUAAAACACUGAAAAUGCCCAACUUUAAGUCCUGUGUGAUACUCCUAGGCCUUCUCCUUCUAUAUGAUGUGUUUUUUGUCUUCAUAACACCAUUUAUCACGAAGAAUGGGGCAAGUAUAAUGGUUGAAGUUGCAGCUGGUCCCUUUGGAAACAGUGAAAAGAAUGAUGGAAACUUGGUGGAAGUCCCUACUGAACGCUCAGCUCCCCAUGAGAAAUUACCUGUGGUUAUUAGAGUGCCUAGACUUGAAUACUCUGCAGCGACAUUGUGUGACAUGCCAUUUUCAUUGUUGGGUUUUGGAGACAUUAUUGUCCCAGGGCUUCUCGUUGCCUAUUGUCGAAGAUUUGAUGUUCAAACAAGCUCUUCUUCUGUAUACUACAUUUCCUGUACAAUAGCUUAUGCCGUUGGUAUGGUGCUGACUUUCAUUGUUCUGGCAUUAAUGAAGAUGGGACAACCUGCCCUUCUCUAUCUUGUACCAUGUACACUCAUUACUAGCUCUCUUGUUGCUUGGAGACGCAAGGAGAUGAAGAAGUUUUGGAAAGGAAGCAGUUAUCAGGUGUUGGACUCCACCAGGACGCCUUUGCUACAAGAUGAUGGAACAUCUGGAUUACCCAGGAAAUGAAGAAGGCACAGCAUCAGCCAGUGAACAGCCUGGAGGACAAUAACAUGUAGGAUUCUGGCUUAAAAUAGUAUUCAAAUUUCCUACAGAUGAAUUACAGUAAAUUUGGUGAAGAUGUACAAUAGAGUAUUUCAUACUCUGUGUAAAAGGUUUUUUUACUCCACCUAUAUUUUUAUGAAAAAUAUUGUUAAUAACAUAAAAGUAAUCAAAAUAGAUUUGCAUUUUUACAGCCAAACCAUAGCUAGUAAAACCGUGCCUUAUUUCGAUUUAAAUAAAGGGCAUUUUCUAUGCAAUUUUCCAAA